AUGUAUACACAGAAAGACAAUAGUUCCACUCAACAAGAAAUUGCAAAUCUCUUUGGUAUUUCAAGAAGUGCUAUUAGUCGUUCCCUCAAUUCGGGUGGUGUUGCAAUUAAUUUUAAUAUUUAUAUGUAA